AUGUCCUUAACUGCCGCUCAGCGUAUCUCUUUUGCAGGCGCUGCGUCUCUUCUUUGUGUGUGGCUUUCCUACGAAUAUUCGCGGUCGCGGUCCGCCACGCGCCCUAGCAAGAUCCCCGAAGAGCCGAUCGCAGAUAAAAUACCAAAACCGGAACAUAGACCUCCCAUUGACAUUUUGUACGAUGGGAGUUCUCCUGAUACAGGCGAAGCGGAGGUUGACAUAAUUGCUGUUCAUGGGCUUGGCUCUCAGGUAGAUUGGUCAUGGACUUGGAAGGAUGAGACCAUCCAAGUCAAUGGGCAGCCCCGGCUUGUCAACUGGUUGAAAGACAGCAACAUGCUGCCAGACAUCGUGCCGAAGACGAGGAUCUUAGUUUACAAUUACGAGUCCAGAUGGCACAAAGAUGCUCCGAAGACCCGUCUGCAGGCCUGCGCAGAAGAGAUGGUCAAUGAAAUCCAUGAUUUUCGCAACAGUACAGGAACGACAGACCGACCACUUAUCAUGAUUGGACAUAGUCUUGGCGGGAAUGUGAUUCAGCAUGGCCUCUUAUACGCCGAUUUUGAGCCUAAGUUCAAGUACUUGGUUGAAGCUACGGUUGGUCUGAUAUUUUUGGGCUGCCCCUUUCUGGGCUCAAAAGCACAGCAACUUGCUGUCGUGGUGACCCAGUCUCUGCAGAAAGCCGGGUCUGACGAAGGAAUCAUCAGAGAUAUUCGCUAUGACGAUCCGAUUCUACUGGACAAGGUGGAUAAUUUCCAGAGAUUGCUGGAAAGAAACGCGAUUCCAUACUGUGCCUUUAUUGAACGCAAGGAGACGGAUUUUGGAAGAAAGAUUGGAAUCAUGGGGAUUUUCAAGGAACUGGUUGUGGACGAACGGUCCGCGGCAGCCUUAGGGCCUCACAAGUUCCGAUUGAAUACCGAUCAUUUCAAAAUCAACAAGUUUGCGGGUCCUCAAGAUCGAUCAUUUCUGCGAGUCUCGGCACAGAUCAAUGAAAUGUUCCGAAAUUGGAAGCCACUGAUCGAAAGUCGGAGAUUCAACCUGAAUCUCCCCGGCGCACAGAGGAAGAUUAUAGAGAACAAGGAGCGCCACGAGAAGAUCGUGAACUACUUGGCAAAGUUCGACUUCUCUGCGCGAUAUAAGGACGUCUUUUCGACGAGGCAUAAGACGACGGGCCAGUGGUUUUUGGAGGCAGACAGCUUUCGCAGGUGGCUAAACACUGAAGGUCAAACACUCUGGUGUCCCGGAAUUCCAGGCGCUGGCAAGACAAUCCUGCUCGCUGUUGCAGUCAACUACCUCCAGGAAAGAUUCUUCAAACAGAAUGAUGCGGUGCUCUUUGCCUUCUGCGACUACAAGGACCGAUCUAGUCAGACUGCAGAGAACAUACUCCUGUCUCUCUGGCGCCAGCUGAUGCAAAAGCGCGUCCUCAGUGAGGUUGAAUGUGAAAGUCUUGAGACUACUUAUCUCAAUCGAGGAGUCGCUCCCACAACGGAUGCCCUGGUAAAAAUGCUUUCCGAUGAGAUGAACAAAUAUUCAAGGGUCUUUGUCUUGGUAGAUGCUCUUGAUGAGCUUCAAACAGAAAGUCGAGACUCGUUGUUGUACCUUCUUCCGCAGCUACCGACAAAGAAGAAUCUCCUUGUGACAUCUCGUAUGCCGAAGGAAAAAUCUUCUGCUUUCCACGCCGUGCCUCAAUUAGAGAUACGUGCGAGAGAAACGGACAUCACGGACUACAUCAAUGGUCAGCUGGAAUCUGUGCCGGAUCUUCGCUCCAAAGUCCAGCACAAUUAUAAGCUCAGACAAGAGAUCAGAAACACAGUUACCAGGAAAGCAGACGGAAUGUUCCUGCUUGUUCGGCUUCACAUGAAAUCAUUGGCAUCCACCCAUACCGUUAAGGAGAUACGAAAUGGCCUAGCAAAUCUGCCGGAGGGAGAGAACGCUAUCUCCGACACCUAUGAAGGGGCAUUCUCUCGUAUUCGGGAUCAACGAUGGAACGAUCGCCAACUUGGAGAGAAGGUCAUUAUGUGGAUCUCACAUGCGCAAGAGCCAUUGACGCUGAAAGAUUUACAAUGUAUCCUGACAAUGCAGGAAGGGGAUACGGAGCUGGAGCUUGAAGAUCUCAUUUCCGGGGAGAAGUUGAUCUCGACCUGUGCCGGCCUGAUAACAGUCGAGCACCUGUCCGGAACCAUCAGAUUUGUUCACUCCACUGCGCAAGAAUACGUCGAUUCAAUAAAAUCAGCCAGAUUCCCCGGUGCGGAUGUGCAGAUUACCAAGUCAUGCAUUCAAUAUCUCUCGCUGUCCACGUUCUGCAAAGACACCAGGCAAAUCGACAUCAUUGAAUUUGCUCGAAUAGUGCCCAAAUACCCAUUCCUCAAAUACGCUGCGCUUAACUGGGGGCUGCAUGCACGAGUCGCCGAAAGCCCCGAGUCUAAGUCUACCGUCGAGGAGCUGAUCAAGGCCUUCUUCAAUCUCAAGCUCCAGUCUAUCUUCGCAGUGCGGACUCUGUUGAGUGGAAUUGCUGGAGUUGAUGGUUCCGAGAUGGGUGAGGACCUGGCAAAGAACGACCGAUCCAUCAGACUCAUCAACAUCUUGGCCUAUUUCGGGUUAGAUGCUUUGCUGGGUGACUAUAUCGCUAGCACGGCGGGAGUGAUGGAUGAUUCCUUUGAUAACUUCGUCGGGAAUGUUUUACACUGGGCAGUUCUUGGCCAGCAUCCUACUACCUUGAAGUUACUGCUUGAUCAAUCAUCCGCCUCGAACAUCAUAAACCAGAGGGGUUAUUUCCUUUUCACGCCACUGCACCUAGCCUUGGUCCACAGGCGUGAUCUAUCGGCUGAGAUUUUGUUGGAAUACGGCAGCCCCGAUGUUACGGUCACUUCUCAUUUUGACCACACCCCCCUUUUGGUGGCAGCCCUGAACGGAAAUAGCAGUAUCAUCCCCAAGCUUCUGGCCACACCGAGCGGAAUGCAGACACUCCUGUCCCAAGGACAUGGUGCAACUACUCCUUUCCGUGCUGCAGCUAUUUGGGGAUACAAGGAUGUCAUGGUCCACCUUCUACAUGCGCUAGAUAGCUACGAGCUCGAUGAAAACCUCUGGGAGUUGGAGGACGAUUUUGGCAGGAAUCCACUCCAUGAGGCCGCACAAGGUGGCUAUUUGAGCAUCUGCGAAGUCCUUCUUCAAUCUAAAUAUGGAGUCCAGUUUGCCAAGAGUACAGAUGGCUGGGGCUAUGUCCCAAUGGAACUGGCCAUUAUCCAUGGUCAUGUGGAGGUGACUGAGCUAUUCCUUAAUUGGGACAAUGGAGCUCUCAUGGCAAGCGAACCGGGACCUCUUGCAGGGGCAUUGGUACAGGCCGCGAGCUUUGGACAACCAAAAGUUGCAGCCAUGUUACUAGCCGGUCAUCCUGAGGCGUGUCAAUCAGAUUUCCGUGACUUCACGGCUCUCCAUCAUGCAGCCUACAGUUGCUCGGUUGAGACAGUCAAAGUCAUCUUCGGCCAUUCUACAGGGCAAUCUGCCUUGGAAGCUAGGGAUAAGGAAGGGAACACACCUCUCAUCGGUGCCGCAGACAGGGGACAAGCUGAAAUUGUGCAAUUUCUCCUUGACAGCGGAGCAAUGGUAAAUGCCAAGAACGGCCAGCAGCAAACCUCUCUCCAUCUUGCCUGUGCGGCAAAUGUUGAGCAGGUGAUCAAGAUUCUUCUUCGGUCUGGUAUCGACAUCGAGGCCAAGGAUUCCGACGGGAGAACAGCUCUGGCCCUUGCAGUAGAAUCGGAGUCUAUGGAAGCGAUAAGGCUGCUUCUAGCUGCAGGGGCUAGUAUCCCGGAAGGCCUUCAAGUCCCUGACGGACUUGGAACAGUAAGGCGUUAUCUCCCGGAGAACCCAGUCGAUCAGUUCCGAGCAUACUUCUAUGUAAAGAAAGCGUCAGCUGACCGACUACCCCAAGCUCUCAUUUCACACAUAAUGGAUCUCGCUGGAUACUGGCUCGCGAGAACAACCGAGCAUCGCGAGCACAUGUACGCCACGAGAUUCGAUGGCACAACAUUGGUCUACCUGCGAACGCCGCCAGUGAUAGGCAACACCCAGCAACCUGUUAGACGAAUCGAGUAUGAGAUAGUCAGCCAUGACCAAGGAUAUAGUAGCAGUGGGGAUGGGGAUGGAGAGUACGAUGGAUCCUACACCUGGUUUGACGCCAGCCGCGAAUGCAGUCCAGGUCCGUCCCAUGGGAGAGCAACUCGGAUCAUUGGACCGGAGAUCCUACGAAAUGUUCGUGCGGAAUAUGAGUGGUCCAAGCAUCGAGUCUCAUGGUGUACUAUAACCGGCGUACAGUCGUUCCGCGUCGACACCGAUCCGGAAUCGAAGAAAGAGGUUGAAGUGCCCGUUUCAACGGUCCGCUACGAUCACAGAACACCGAGACCUGAGCCGAUCAAGUGGAUUACGGAGAUCAAUACUGGAGAGCGACUUGUCGUGACAGCCUUGGCUCAAUUCCCGGGAUGGGAGAAUCAAGUUCAGAGAGCCAAAAUGGUCGUGUAUACGAGCUGUCUCAAGUUCAGUGGUUAUUCCUAG